AGUCAGACGGUUGUUCCCAUGGUACUUUGCGCGCAGGUGUCAUGGCGUCCCUCUAGGCAGCAUUAGCGCGGUUGUUUAUUAUUGUUAAUAAAUCGCUUUAAUUUUUCAUCGGAUGCAUGUAAACAAAUCUGAACGAUUAUCCAACUUUUCCGCGAACGCGCAAAAACCUCUUCAGGACGCGUCGAACGCUCGCAAAAGCUGUUUAUUUAGUCAAAAGCUAAGCUACGCUAGCAGCUGUGCAUGAAGUUAGUUAAUAAACCCAUGAUACAGAUUUUGAAACGAAGACUAUGAGCACACAAUACAGUAUUCUAUUCAAGCAGGAGCAUGCUCACGAAGAUGCCAUCUGGACGGCGGCUUGGGGUCGCAGUGAGAAGGACGGGUCAGAAACCAUCGUGACCGGCUCUUUGGACGACCUGGUGAAAGUUUGGAAAUGGUGGGAUGAGAAGCUGGAGCUGCAGUGGACACUGGAGGGUCACCAGCUGGGCAUCGUGUCGGUGGACAUCAGUCAGAACGGAGCGAUCGCUGCCUCCAGCUCUCUUGAUGCUCAUAUUCGGCUCUGGGAUCUGGAGACGGGCAAACAGAUUAAGUCCAUGGACGCAGGCCCAGUUGACGCCUGGACGGUUGCCUUUUCUCCUGACUCCAAAUACAUUGCCACCGGCAGCCAUCUAGGGAAGGUCAACAUCUUCGGUGUGGAAAGUGGGAAAAAGGAGCACUCGCUGGACACCAGAGGGAAGUUCAUUCUGAGCAUCGCUUACAGUCCAGAUGGAAAGUACCUAGCCAGUGGUGCUAUAGACGGAAUCAUUAAUAUCUUUGAUAUUGCGACUGGGAAACUCCUGCACACACUGGAAGGUCAUGCGAUGCCUAUCAGGUCUCUGACUUUCUCUCCAGACUCUCAGCUGCUGGUAACCGCAUCAGAUGACGGCUACAUCAAGAUCUAUGACGUGCAGCACGCUAACCUGGCCGGCACUCUCAGCGGUCACGGGUCCUGGGUGCUGAACGUGGCCUUUUCACCCGACAACACACACUUCGUGUCCAGUUCGUCUGAUAAGAGUGUAAAAGUGUGGGACACAAGCAGCAGGUCAUGUGUGAACACGUUCUUUGAUCAUCAGGACCAGGUUUGGAGUGUGAAGUACAACCCCACAGGCUCCAAAAUCGUCUCUGCGGGUGAUGACCGAGCCAUCCACAUUUACGACUGUCCCAUGUGAAUCUCCACAAAACUACAGCCUCUCUUGACCACAGCAAACAUGCAGUUUUUUUUUCAUCGCUAAGUUCAACAUCUGUAUAUGGUGUUACAAAUAAAUGUCUUUUUUUUUCUA